CCCUCAGGCGUCACCCCCCGGCCCGCCCCGCUGCGCGGCGGCCAUGGCGGCGGCGGCGCGCUGCGGCAGCGGCGGGCGCUCGGCGGGGCGGUGACGUUGCGUGCGAGGCGGAGGGCGGGGAGGAAGAGGAGGAGACCCGGGCGCCUCCGGGGCUGAGGCAGCCGCGUCCUGCUGAGGCUCCGCUCGUGUCCUGUCUUCCCCGCCACCCUCUCCCCGCUCCGACCCGCGGUGGCUCCGGCUCGGGGAGGCGAGGGCGGCUCUCCCUGAGGCCGAAAUGCGCUCGGCCUGAGCGCUCCCUCGCCGCCCCGCCCGGUUUGGGCCUCUGCGGGGUAGCGGGGCCGCGAUGGCUGCGGGGAGCUGGCAGGAGGCGGCGGCCCAGCAGGCCGAGGAGGCGGCGGCCCGGGUGCGGGACGUCCUGUCAGGCGGUCUGGGCCUGCUGCGCGCCGAGCUGGGCCUGGAGCUGGGCCUUGACCCGCAGGGCCUGCCCACCUGGCUCGCCCUGGUGGUCCCGGCCGCGCUGGGGCUGGGGCUGCUGGGGCUGCUCCUGGCCGUGGCCUGCGGAGGCGGCCUCCGUAAGAAGCCAACGCGGAGGGCGGCGGAGAGGAAGGGUGAGGAGGCGGCCGGCGGGGGCCUGACAGCCGGCGGGGGCCAGGGCAAGGCGGCGGGCCCGGGCCCCGGGCAGCUACACCUGAAAGGCGACGAGCAGAAGAAGCGAAACAAGAAGAAACUGCCGGAGAAAACGGCGCGGCCUAACGGACGGUCUUUCCUUGAUGUAUCUGAGGAUGAAGUAAUACAACCUGUCCGUAAAGAAAAUAUAAAGCAGCCUAUGGACACAGAAAAGAAGAAUGAAAAGGCAAAGAAAAAAAAGAAAUCAAAGGGAGAUGCUAAAACAGUUCAGGAUAUGUCACGUCUAGAUGGGAAGGAAGUUGAUGAAGGAACCUGGGAAACUAAAAUCAGUAACAGAGAGAAGCGACAGCAGCGUAAGCGAGACAAGGUGCUGACCGAUGGUGGCUCAGGAGAAUCAAAUCUCCAAGGAGUGGAAAAUACAGUUACUGUAUCCGUUGAACAGCUGAUACCUACACCAUCACUUCCGGUUGGUCUCAGAAAAAAUAAAGGUGAUGUGCCUCUGAAUGCACAAGUUAACAGCUCUAAACCUGCAAAGGGGGAGUCAUCAAUUCCACAAGUUUCUCCAGGAUUGAGUGAAAGCCAUACUGUAAAUGGAGGAAGCUGGAAUGAGAAGUCUGUAAAAAUCUCCUCGCAGAUUGGUGUGGGGGAGGAGAAAUGGACGUCUGUUCCCUCAACUGCAGCUGGAAAGAGGAAGGCUGAGACAUCAGCUUGGGGCCAGGACACUGGAGAUGCUAAUGGAAAUGGAAAGGACUGGGGUGUAACCCUGGUGGGCAGGCCCUGGAAAGAGCGUUCUUUGUUCACUCCUAUUGCUGCUUGGAAUGUGGAUGCAAGGAUUAAUACCUCUGAACAGAAUUCUACUUCUUUCUCUUCAUUUGGAUUAACUCCUGGAGUUUCUGGAUCGAACAGUGAGUCGGUUUCUCAGGCUGGUAAUUCUGAUUUUCAGUGGGAUUUAAGUCAUGCUCAACCCCCUGUUGAUGACGAAUGGUCUGGGUUAAAUGGACUUUCUUCAUCUGAUCCCAGCUCUGAUUGGAAUGCACCAGCAGAAGAGUGGGGAAACUGGGUAGAUGAAGAAAAAGUUGCUUCUGUUCCUCAACCUGAAGAGAUACCUGAUGUUCAGAAGGCUUCAGAUAACGAAAGGGAAAAAGCAGAGCCAAUUCUUCAGAGUUCUACAAGUGGCAAAUCCAAGAAAAAGAAGAAGAAAAAGAAGAAGCAGGGUGAAGAAGCUAAUUCUCCUGCGCAGGACACUGAAGAACUGGAUAGAGAAGCUGGAGAGGAAUUUCAGGAGGAUACCUCAAAAGUUCAACCACAGCAGGAAAUAGCUUUUUCUCUGAAGACCAUAAGUACUAGUGAACCAGCUAAGCCUGAGGAGGCUCCUUCGCUUGCUGUUUCUACUGAGCCAUCUGUAAUUGUAUCAGAGAGCGAUUCUGACAAGAUCGCUUCCCAAGUGCCACAGAUGCUGCAAGAGACAGAUGUUUCUAGUCCCAAUAUUAAGCAAAACAGUGUGCCUCCUCCACAGACAAAGUCUGAAGAAAGCUGGGAAUCCCCCAAACAAGUCAAAAAGAAGAAAAAAGCAAGAAGGGAAACGUGAACUUCCCAAGAUGGACAUGUGUUGCUGAAUACUGUCAUGAAGAUUAUGCUGUUUAUGCAAUAAUUUGUGAACAUGUACAGAAUUUUAUAUAAAUUUCAAACGAUUUUUAAAAACAGAACUGCUGUGAACACAAACAUCUUUAAAAAGGAAUCAGAGGAAAGUAACUUUAUGAUAUAGCAAACAGAACAUGCUACAUCUGAAAGACAUUCUGAAGAGUCUGUUUUUCCAACUUUUGGAGAGAGAUCUUAAUUAAAAAAACUGGUUUUACAAAACAGUGCCCUGUUUACAACAGAUUAUACUCAUCUACAGCUGCGGAUAAAAGAUUAAUUUCAAGGAAGGGUUUUCUGUAAAAAUAACUGUCUGUACAAUAGUGGGUGUUUCUUGCCUCUCUUACGAGUGAUGCAUUAGAAGCACAGAAUGUCAACCAUUUGAAUUUGUUUCAUGCCUAAAUCAAAGUGCUUUGAUUAAAUACAUAAUCUGCCAUAUCUUUACAGUAAGUUGGUUAGCAAGUCUGCUAGCUGUUACAGGAAUCGCAAGUGCAAAUCAUUAACCAUUUGUACAGUCAGACCUUCAUGGUUUAUUAUAUGAAGUUAACAAUAAAACUGCUUUGGGUUAAAAGAUUGAGAAUGUGAUUUGAAACUUGAGUAUGGUUCAUGAAGUUAUUUUUGAUAAUGUCUAUUACCUUACUUGAAUUGUUGAAGAUAACAGUAUAUUUUUAAGAAUGCAGUAACGUGCAUAAAAUUGGUUUUCUCCUUCAUUCCCUACACACUUUGGUUGAUUCAGACUCCCAUCUAAACCUGUCUCCUAUCAACUUUUAAACUUGUGGAAUGAAUUGAAAUCAAACGUUCCCUUCCCUUAACACUUUUUAACUUGCCAUACCCAAUUCUGUUCCGCCAUAUCCAAUUCUGUUCUAUUCUCUAUUACUGAAACUCUGAAGAAAGCAAAGCGAACUCUUUUCACUCACAAAUUAUGUGGGAUUUCAAAGAUCUGUUGGAGAACUGGAGUGGCUUCAGACAGCUUUAAUUGACAUUGUCAAGACCAGUUAUCAGGAACACAUUUUUUUACUGCCUUAACCUGUAGUAUGUAGAAUGUGUCUAGACUUCUGGACAGGAGUUAGUGUUUUUAUAUAAAAAAAAUUAAAAUUCAUGCAAGUAUAGCAGUUGUAAAAUAAAGACCAUUUCCUGCUUGAAACUGUUAAUUAAAAUGGUGUUUAAGACGUGUUGUCAUUUUCAGGCACUGUGUAAUUACAUGGUAUCAAACUGGCAGAUGUGCUUGUGUCUGUAAGGUGCAUGCUCAGCCAUGUACACUGUAAAUAGCCUUUACAAAAAUUUGAUUGGUAAGGAUGGUAAUUAACAUCACCUGGUAAAUUCAGAUAAAGAAGAGCCAAGAUUUUUUCAAAUGGCUGCUGGUUUUGUGGCACAAACAGAAUUGUUAACAGCUGUAACACAUGGUACUGAUCAACAAUCUUGUUACUCUUCCUGUACUUGACUGCAGUUCUAAUAAAUGGAUACUAACUUGCACAGGUAUUAACCCCUGUAUAUCAGGAACAUGUGACACUCUAAAUUGAUUUGUUAAAAUAAAUUGAGCAUAUCGGCAGUAUUGAUUUAUUUACUGGGAGGGAGUGAUGCCUGAGACUGAUACCUGUCAAGAUACAUGUAAAAUAAAUUAAGAACUGAAGUACAGCUUUUCAAGGAGUAUCUUAAGGCAAACACAAAAAUAGGAUAUUACAAAAUCAUGCAGAGUCCUUUGCAUGUAAAUAAUAUUUUAAUUUUACUUGUCGUCUUCAUAGUAAUGGUUAAAAAGAAUACCCUUUGAAUUCAGGUUCAUGAUGUAUGUCCAAAAUGUCCGUUUCCAAUCUGUAUGUUGUGCUACAAGCCUCUUUUGUGAAAAAAUAGGAAGAUUUUAUGUAAUGAGAGAGACUGCCCCCAAGGGCUUUUACCGCAUAAAUUCUUUUUUUUCUCUUGAAGAUAAAAUUGGUGAUAUUACUGGGUUUGUAAGCUCUAGCUCUUGAAUAGCUUGUCAUUCUGGAAAAAAGCAAACUAGCUAACAACGUAGGAACCUUGCUAGUUAACUGCUACUGCUAGGCAGGAUCGUAUAAAUGCAUAGCCUUCCUUUCAAAAUGUUGUUACCUAUUUAGCAGCACCUCUUACUGUUUUCUUAAUGUGCAGUUUCAACAUCUUAGAAAGUGAAACUUGCUUUAUUUGGUAUUCAUUAAAGAGGUAGUAACUGUAUAGCAUAUUGUCUACAACUAGAAACUUGGUUAUCUAUGUACUGUCAUGUUUCUAUGGCUCAAGCAGUGGUUAGUCUUAGUGAUACACUGAAUCCAGACUUUGGUACUUGGAUAGAAAAAGAAAACACCAUUUAAAGAAACUUAAUCUUUUUUCUUUUUUUUCUCUUUUUUUUUUUUUUGGUUGGUGAAUGCAUGGAAUGGUUUCAUAAAUUCAGUAUGUUGGGUUUUUCUAAAUACUCUGGAAUUAUUUGUAUGCGUAAUUUAAACUUGUGAUGAUGUGUAAUUGGA